AUGUUGAAAACUGAAACUGUGAAUGGAUCAUGGACGUUGUUUGAGUGUGUAGGGCAGUUAUUCGGACAUGGACCAGAGGAACUAGUUGAAGCAAUCAGAAAAGGUCUUCAAACGCAAUGGUUGAUGCUCAAAAAGCUGAGGAGAUCAGAAACAAUUUCCGAGCUCACGGAAAUUGCUCAGGCGCGCACGCUUCUUGGAAUCCACCUGGAAGCUUUGUGCAGAGUGAAAAAUGUUCAAGUGAUGUUUAUCGAUUUGAAGAAAAAGAACCUAGUCUUUGGAAACACAGGGCCUCUAUAUGAAAUCCUGAGGAACGGAGAAUCUUUCACUUAUAUAAGUGGUGCUAGACGCACGUGGGUUUCCUGUUUUGCCGAACUGCAAAAUUUGUCAGUAAUCGAAGAACCGUCAGAAAAUUUUGUAAAUAGUCCUAUAUAUUGCAUAGAUGAAAUUAUGCAAUAUGACCUAAACGAAGAAUGGUCUUCGAAUUCAAUGUCUUUACUUAUGCCACCAUUGAAUGCGGUGGCUGAAGAAGAGAUAGAGGAUAUCUCCAAGCCAAAUAUGAAUCCUGGGAUUUCUCAUAUUGUACUCAGCGAGAAUUACACCACUGUCUAUGGUGCAAACCAGAAUGAAUCACCGAGUUAUGAGCUGUAA